AUGUCAACGGAAACUUGUAAUUAUCGGGAAUCAAUUAGGAAUCAAGACGAAGACGGCGAUGGAAACAACGAUGAAGACGUAUAUGAAGAGGAACUGGAAUUAGAAAGCCAAGAAAAUGACAACGAUAAUGGCGACGAAGACGGAGGCCACAACAACGACAAAGCUGGAGUCGAAGGAAACGAAAAAGACAGAGGUGAAGGAAACGACAAACAUGGAGGUGAAACUAAAAGAAAAGAUGGCGAUAAAAAUGAAAGCAAAGUUGGCGGUGAUCGAAGCAGAAAAGACGGAGGCAAAAGGAACAGCAAAGACAAAGAUGGCGGUGAAAACAACAACAGCGACGGCGGCAGAAACAACGACCACGAGUGA